AUGGAAGCCGGCGACGACCAGGCGCCCCUCCCUCCCUCUGUGGAGAGACAGCGCAACAUCCAGGUCGACAAUGCCAUCCGCGCUAUCAAGGAGAAGAAGCCGCUCCCGGAGAUCGACUUUAGCAUCCACACCAUGGAGGAUGGCACGCAAGUCAGCACGAUGGAACGGGUCUGCAAAGAUGUCCAGGCGCCCGCUACAUUCAAGCCCACCGACGAGCAGUUCUUCCACGACGAAACUCGUACCAAGCCUGACAUCGCCUUCCUGAAGCAGCACUUCUACCGCGAGGGCCGGCUGACGGACGAACAAGCCUUAUGGAUUAUCAAGACGGGCACCGAGCUCUUGCGGAGCGAACCUAACCUGCUCGAGAUGGAUGCCCCGAUAACUGUGUGUGGCGAUGUCCACGGUCAAUACUACGACUUGAUGAAGCUUUUCGAAGUUGGUGGGGACCCGGCCGAAACUAGAUAUCUCUUCCUCGGCGACUAUGUUGAUCGAGGCUAUUUUAGCAUUGAAUGCGUGCUAUACCUGUGGUCGCUCAAGAUUCACUACCCGAAGACGCUCUGGCUCCUGCGUGGGAACCACGAGUGCCGUCAUCUUACCGACUACUUCACGUUUAAGCUCGAAUGCAAGCACAAGUACUCUGAGGCUAUCUACGAAGCAUGCAUGGAAUCGUUCUGCUCCCUCCCGCUCGCUGCUGUCAUGAACAAGCAAUUCCUCUGCAUCCACGGGGGGCUGAGCCCCGAGCUACACACGCUGGAUGACCUGAAAAAUAUUGACCGGUUCCGGGAGCCACCAACUCAAGGUUUGAUGUGCGACAUCCUCUGGGCCGAUCCUCUGGAAGAUUUCGGCCAGGAGAAAACCAAUGAGUACUUCAUGCAUAACCACGUGCGCGGUUGCUCAUAUUUUUUCUCCUAUCCCGCAGCGUGCGCGUUUCUAGAGAAAAAUAACCUCCUCUCCAUCAUCCGAGCCCACGAGGCGCAAGAUGCUGGAUACCGGAUGUACCGCAAGACGAGGACUACAGGCUUCCCGAGCGUCAUGACCAUCUUCUCUGCACCUAACUACCUCGACGUCUAUAACAACAAGGCGGCGGUGCUCAAGUACGAGAAUAACGUGAUGAACAUCAGGCAGUUCAACUGCACGCCGCACCCGUACUGGCUUCCCAACUUUAUGGACGUCUUCACCUGGUCGUUGCCUUUCGUAGGCGAGAAGAUUACUGAUAUGCUGAUCGCCAUAUUGAGCACCUGCUCCGAGGAGGAGCUCAAGGAGGAAACGCCCAUGUCUGCAUCGCCAGGUCCACAGUCGCCUCCGCUCACCGGACCCUUCGCGGAUCCGGAGUCGAUCGAGUAUAAGCGACGAGCUAUCAAGAACAAGAUCUUGGCCAUCGGCAGGCUGUCGAGAGUAUUCCAGGUACUGCGAGAGGAGUCGGAGAAGGUCACGGAGCUCAAGACUGUUUCCGGCGGACGGCUACCGGCAGGAACUCUAAUGCUGGGAGCCGAGGGAAUCAAGAACGCUAUCACGACGUUCGAGGAUGCCAGGAAAGUCGACAUACAAAACGAAAGACUGCCGCCAAGUCACGAAGAAGUGGUGAGAGUACAGGAGGAAGAACGACAGCAGGCGCUGGAGCGAGCCUCUCGGGAGGCCGAUAACGAUAAGAAGCUACAGACUCUAUCUAGGAGGCUCAGCACGUGA